UUUUCACUCAAUAUGUCACUUUCUAGGGGUUUGCCUUUGAUUUCAGAAGGUUGCUGACAUGACUUAGAAGCAGCGUUGAUAAGCUGGCAUAGGUAUGCGACCUUCAUGACUAUAGCACUGGCAGACUCUGAUAAAUACUGCUUAAUGUUGAUUUAUAAUAUGAAUAUCUUAUUCUUUACCAGAGUUGGGCAUUUCAGGUUAUAUUCUCGCUAAUCACACCAUAUACAUUAAUAAUCCUUCCUCGUGACCAUUCCAGAACCUCUGCAUGAACAGACACUGUAGGAGCCCCUUCUUCUGUGAUAACCGGAGAUAAUUAAGAAGAAAGGCUGAGCUCUGGCUGUCACAGUAGGAAUAGUAGAAGGUGGAUUUAGGA